GAUGAUGGAUCGCAUGCACCGGGGAGAUGCUCUAAACCUUAUGGAAAUUGUUCUGAAGGGAACUCUGGUACAGAACCUUAUAUUGUAGCUCAUAAUAUACUCUUGUCUCAUGCAUCCGCGGUUCAAAAAUAUAGAGAAGAGUAUCAGGGAGUGCAAGGUGGACGCAUUGGAAUUGUAUUAGAUUUUACUUGGUAUCAACCUCUUACCAGAGGAAAAGCCGAUAAUUAUGCUGCCCAACGAGCUAGAGAUUUUAAUAUCGGAUGGUUUUUACAUCCCAUAACUUAUGGUGAGUAUCCUCGAACCCUUCAAGAAAUUGUUGACGAACGACUUCCAAAAUUUACAAAAGAAGAAGUUAAAAUGGUGAAGGGCUCAAUAGAUUUUGUUGGAAUUAACCAUUACACGUCAAAUUAUGUCUAUUACGAUGCCAACCGACCUAAACCAGAGGUUCUUGCUUACAAUAUGGAUUGGAACGCUUCAUUUACAUAUGGAAAGAAUGGUGUUCCUAUUGGCCCAAGGGCUCACUCUUCUUGGUUAUACAAUGUGCCAUCGGGAAUUUACAACGUGAUCAUGUACGUAAAGGAGCGAUACGGCAAUCCAUCUAUGAUAGUGUCCGAGAAUGGAAUGGAUGAUCCAGGGAAUGUUACUCUUGUUGAUGGUUUGUAUGACAAUCAUAGGAUUGAUUAUUAUAGGACAUAUUUGAGCAAUUUAAAAAACGCGGUUGAUGAUGGUGCAAAUGUUAAAGGCUAUUUUGCUUGGUCAUUACUUGACAACUUUGAAUGGAGACUCGGCUACACGUCCAGAUUUGGAAUUGUCUAUGUUGACCAUAAGACCCUUAAUCGAUAUCCUAAGAUGUCCGCGUAUUGGUUCAAACAGCUAUGCGAGAAGACUAUCAAGCACUAG